AAAAACAAAAACAAAAAAGCAACAGACAAAUCAACAACGAAAAGCCUCCCCCCCCACCUCUCUUCUUCCUUUUCCUCCCCCCUCAACAAAUUAACCUCUGACCUCUCUCUAAACUUAAUCAAUAAGAAAGGGGGAGGUUAUUGGUUAGCAACACGAGAGAUGUAGAGGCCAACGGAGGAAAUCACAGCCGUCGAUUCUCGCCGGAGGUCGAUGGAUGAGACGCCAGGAGCGAUGGGGACCACUGCCAGCCUGUCACUGAGACUGGGACAGACACUAUUCUCCUCUGCCUCUCUCCUGUUCAUGUCCGUCGGCGUUGAAUUCUACGGCUACACAGCCUUCUGCUUUCUAGUCACAAUCAUGGGUUUGUUGAUUCCAUGGAGUGCUACACUAGCUAUGGUAGAUGCGUACUCAAUUUCCACAAGAUGCCAACUUCGCUUACCGAGUGUACUCACAAUUGUGGUUAUAGGAGAUUUGGUUUUAGCAAUAUUAUCGUUAGCGGCAGCUUGUGCAAGUGUGAGCGUCGUUGAUCUCCUUGUUCAUAUUGAUGGACCUUAUUGCCCUCCUAAGUUCUGUGGAAGAUAUCAGUUAUCUGCAGCAAUGGCUUUCUUGUCUUGGUUUCUGACUGCUGCUUCUUCCCUUUUUAAUCUAUGGCUUGUGGCAUCCUUGUGAUUGUUUCUUAAACCGGUUCUGGAUGCUCUAUUUUUGUAUAUAAUAUCAUCAGAUAAGCAAAAAAAAGAAAGCAAAAGAACUAAUAAAAAGAAGGAUAUACUCUUAGAACUGUUUUUGCAGUAUAUAUAAUGAAAUACAAAACUAUGGAUUCAAUCUC